CUUCUGGCAACCCCGAGUGCCACUUGCCGAAAUCAAAGUGCAGGGCUCCAUCCUGAGAAGAAAGUAGGCCAUAGGGGGACCAAAUGUUUACACUCGGAUCAUGGAACCCUUUGUGGACUCUAAGGUCUUGUCUGCUGGCAGUGCUGCUAUUGGUCAGUUCAGGAGAUGAGGCUGCAGGAAGAGGAAAUGACACCAGGCCCAACUUUGUUCUCAUGAUGGUAGACGAUUUGGGCAUUGGAGAUGUUGGCUGCUACGGGAAUGGCACGAUAAGGACCCCCAACAUUGACAAAUUGGCCCAGGAAGGGGUGAAGCUGACUCAACACAUUGCUGCCGCACCCCUCUGUACCCCCAGCAGGGCAGCGUUCAUGACCGGACGGUAUGCCCUACGGUCAGGGCUGGGCAGCACAGGGAGGGUGCAGGUAAUUUUGUUUUUGGGGGGCUCUGGAGGCCUUCCCCCCAGUGAGAUCACCUUUGCCAAGCUCUUGCAGAAACAAGGGUACAGCACUGGGCUUGUAGGAAAGUGGCACUUAGGGGUGAGCUGCGAGAGCAGGAAUGACCAUUGCCACCACCCUAACCAGCACGGCUUCGACUACUUCUACGGACUUCCCUUCACCAACUUCAAUGACUGCAAGCCGGGGGAAGGGAAGGACGUGCUGGUCGACCUGCAGGUGGUGCUGUGGGAGCUGUCUCUGCUGGUGGGGCUGGCCGUGCUGACGCUGGCCUGUGCGAGGGCCGCCGGCCUGCUGGAGGUCAGCCUGAAGGUCAUCGCGCUCCUGGCGGCCCUCUGCCUCCUGGGGCUGGUCGUCUGGUAUGUGCCAUUUGAGCUCCUGCAGACCUGGAACUGUAUCGUCAUGAGGAACCAGGAGGUGGUGGAACAGCCCGUGAACCUGGACACCCUGACACUCCGCCUCAUCAGCGAAGCUGAGCGGUUUGUGGAGAGAAACCAGCACAAACCCUUCCUCUUGUUCCUGUCCCUGGCUCACGUCCACACCCCACUCUUCACCUCCAAAGACUUUUUGGGGAAGAGCAAACAUGGGCUGUAUGGUGACAACGUGGAAGAGGUGGACUGGAUGAUCGGCAGAAUGGUCAACGUUGUCGAAAAACUGGGCCUGGCUGAGAAGACUCUGAUGUAUUUCACGUCUGAUCACGGAGGUCACAUAGAGGACGGCGACACCCGGGGUCAGAAAGGAGGCUGGAAUGGAAUCUACAGAGGGGGCAAGGCCAUGGGUGGCUGGGAGGGGGGCAUCCGCGUGCCGGGGGUGUUCCGCUGGCACGGCAGACUGCCCGCUGGGAGGGUGAUCGACGAGCCCACCAGCCUCAUGGACGUCUACCCUACCCUGGUCAGGCUGGCGGGGGGAGAGCUGCCAGAGGACAGAGUGUUAGACGGCCAUGACCUGAUGCCCUUACUGGAAGGCAGAGUCCAGCGCUCGGAACACGAGUUCAUGUUCCAUUACUGUGGGAUGUACCUCAAUGCUGUUCGCUGGCACCCGCCAGACAGUGAUUCCGUCUUCAAGGCCCACUUUUUCACCCCCAAUUUCACCCCUGAGGGAGCGGGUGGCUGCUACCACACCAAGGUAUGUAUGUGCCACCGCGGCUUCGUCACCUACCACCACCCCCCUUUGCUGUUCGACCUGGCCCGGGACCCGUCGGAGAGCAGGCCCCUCUCUCCGAGCACGGAGCCCCGCUACUCGGACGUCCUGCGGCGGAUCGGGGAGGCGGUCAAGCGGCACAGGGAAACCCUCGCCCCGGUCCCCAACCAGCUGUCGUGGGGUAACGUCCUGUGGAAGCCCUGGCUGCAGCCAUGCUGCGGGACCUUUCCCUUCUGCUCCUGCACCGAGGCUAACACCACCGCGGGGCAAUCGUCAUGAGGGGGCCGCCGCAACAGGGCCAACAGCGACGUCACACUCAAGACAAGAAUCUUACGACCAAAGACCGCCAAGCACUCUGUUUAAUAUUUAUAAAGAAGUCGAUUUCCAGUUACAUUAGAUUCCAGCCAUGUAAUUUAACGCUGAAAGUUGGUGCAGGAUGUCCUUCUGCAGUGGCGCUGAACUUUUACGCACAGCUGAAAAAUGUACACUAUAAUUUAGAUGUACAAUCUUGUUUUAAAGAGAAAUCUCAG